UCAUCGCUUCGUCUUCAUCUUCGGUUCUCUCCUCGUCUGCUCCAACCUCAGCCCCGUCUUCGUCAGCCGUCGACCCUGUUGCGCAUCGGCCCCCAUCUCUCCUAAACGCUGGUCGGUCCUCCCUGACCAUGCUUGUCUCCGUCGACCGCCGCUUAUCGCUUGCGGCACUGGGUCUAGCUUUCGUUAUGACUGCCUCUGCUGCCCAGCAGUGCUUCCCAAAUGCCCCUCUUGGCCAGAUUGCCUCGAUAGGCGCCGACUGGAACUCGUACAUCUCGUACAGCCCAGGCUCCAGUCCCAGCGGCUUCACCGUCACUGCCCAGCCCGGGCCUCCCAAUCCCCCGAGCCACGCCGGGCUGCCCAACGUCGUUGAUUUCUGGUAUCUGAGUUUUCCGUGCGCCGACCUCAGCCUCUAUGACACCUUCCAGGCCGACGUGAUCAUCGACUCUGGUACCAAACUCUAUGUAUACCUCACUCAAAACUCGAACAACUGCCAGAACCCACAAGGCGUCUCGACCAGCGCCGAGAGCGUGUAUCACGACCUCUCCGACUUCAUCGUGCCGAACGGACAGGCGCAGUCGCUUGUCAUUCCGCUGAGUGCCUUUGCGACGAACUGGGCAGGCACGGCCUUUGAUUUCACCCAUGUUGGUGGCAUGACCUUUGUCAAUCAGCUUCCCAGCGGCAGCCGGGUAACGAUGAACAACGCCUUCUUCAAGGGAAAAUGCGUUGGACCGCCUCCACCUCCACCUCCGCCACCGCCCCCUCCUUCGUCCUCCCAGCCUUUGACCUCAUCAACGGUCCCCUCUGGUACUUCCCCGCUUGCCCCGUCGGGUACUGCCACCACCGGCCCCUCUGGUUCCAGCACGAGCGCAUCCGGACCCAGUGGUAGCGGCAGCGCAUCAGUCAAUCCUUCUAUUCCCAAUCCCGGUGGCUCUACUUCAACCUCCGGCGGUGUCGCCCCGCCUCUGCCAACAUCCACCGGCUCGCCCAGCCCCAGCAAUCAAUUCAACAGCAACACGCCCAUCAUCAUCGGCAGUUUGAUCGGCGCCAUCGGCCUCGGGCUCAUGGUUGCUUUCAUCCUGUACCGGCGACGCCAAACAAAGGCAAAUCCAAGCUCCUCAAUAAAUCCGACACAGGAUGAUCACCCCCAAAGCAUCCCCUUGGUGCUGGCGACGUAUCGUCCUCCCGAGUUCACCCCCACGCCAUCCGAAAACGACCACUUCGAGUUCUCGUACAGCUUCAGCACUCCCUCGGCCAACCCGUCCCCGCAACAAACCGAGCCUUACGAAACGUAUAUGGCCCCGAACGAACCUCAGAGCCGCCACGCCGCCACCGGCCAUCUUCCUUCCUAUGAACUGGCGAUGGCCGAUCCACUGAGCACGCUCCCCAACGGAAUGCGGGUCGUUACAACAUCCUACACUGCUGAGAGCGACGCCGAACUCUCUGUCAGCGCCGGAGAUGUGGUCCAGGUUCUCGUUCCAAUCGAUCAAUCCUGGGUCUUGAUCCAAGGCGACAAGGGCCGACGCGGUCGUAUUCCCUGGUCGGCACUCGAUGCACUGGACGGAUCAAAGCCGCUAUAACCUAUCGUACCUUUGCUUUGGUGUCGUCGCCCCCAGCCCAUCGCCGACCUUUUUCGCCUGGCCUUGGAGCUACCAAGCUGCCAGUAUCACCGACUCAGUCCCGAGCGUUAGUCACUUCAGUCAAGCCGUUCGUGUCAUUGCCAUAGAUUGCGGAGCCUCCGCUUUUCCCCUUCGCUAGCUAUCCGCUUACCCUGUCAUCGCCAAUCCACAUGUCGCCGCAGUGUCUAUUUCGCGGUGCGCUCCGCUGUCCGACUUAGUGUCUUAGUGUCUUAGUAUUUUAGUGUAUACAGCGUUUCCAAAAUGAAAUGGGACACCCCGUUUUUAACCAGGAAAUAUAUUUUUUCUGGAACCUGAAUACACCCACCACUCAUCGCAUUCA